UGUGUGUAGUGUUGUUGCUGUGGUUUUGUUGGGUCGAGGCAAAGCUGUCAUCUUCGCUAGCUCCCGUAUUAGCCAGUGUUUUGUCAUGUCAAGAGCAACCUGCCCCCUCACAACGCAGGACAGCUAACCUAACGGGUGCUUUUCUUCACACAUCCACCGCCGGGGAGGUGUAGAGGACAGAAAUCUGGGCGAAGAGCAGAAGAGUGAGAUGAAAUGACAACGUCAACAUUACAGAAAGCGAUUGAUCUUGUGACUAAAGCCACAGAGGAAGACAAGGCAAAGAAUUAUGAGGAGGCAUUGCGCCUUUACCAGCAUGCUGUGGAGUAUUUCCUACAUGCCAUCAAAUAUGAGGCCCAUAGUGACAAGGCAAAGGAGAGCAUACGAGCAAAGUGUAUGCAGUACCUGGACAGAGCGGAGAAACUUAAGGACUACCUGAAGAAUAAAGAUAAACAGGGCAAGAAGCCUGUGAAGGAGGCGCAGAGCAAUGACAAGAGUGAUAGCGACAGCGAGGGUGAAAAUCCAGAGAAGAAGAAACUGCAGGAGCAACUUAUGGGUGCUAUUGUAAUGGAGAAGCCCAAUGUCAGGUGGAACGAUGUGGCUGGACUGGAGGGGGCUAAGGAAGCUCUGAAGGAAGCCGUCAUCCUGCCCAUCAAAUUCCCUCACCUCUUUACAGGUAAGAGGACUCCGUGGAGAGGCAUCCUGCUGUUUGGACCUCCAGGGACAGGGAAGUCGUACCUGGCCAAGGCCGUGGCCACCGAGGCCAACAACUCCACCUUCUUCUCUGUCUCCUCCUCAGACCUCAUGUCUAAGUGGCUGGGAGAGAGCGAGAAGCUGGUGAAGAACCUGUUUGACCUGGCUCGCCAGCACAAACCCUCGAUCAUCUUCAUUGACGAGGUAGACUCACUGUGCGGCUCCAGGAACGAGAACGAGAGCGAGGCCGCCCGCCGCAUCAAGACAGAGUUCCUCGUCCAGAUGCAGGGUGUGGGAAACAACAACGAUGGCAUCUUGGUACUGGGAGCCACCAACAUCCCCUGGGUGCUAGACGCUGCCAUCCGCAGAAGAUUUGAGAAGCGCAUCUACAUCCCUCUGCCGGAGGAGCCGGCUCGGGCUCAGAUGUUUCGUCUACACCUGGGCAACACGCCACACAGCCUGAGCGAGGCCGACCUGCGGCAGCUCGCCCGCAAAACAGACGGCUACUCCGGCGCCGACAUCAGCAUCAUCGUCCGAGACGCACUCAUGCAGCCAGUGAGGAAGGUCCAGUCUGCCACGCACUUCAAAAAGGUUCGCGGUCCUUCCCGCAGCAACAACCAGGUGAUGGUGGACGACCUCUUGACCCCUUGUUCCCCUGGCGACCCCGCAGCCAUAGAAAUGACGUGGAUAGAUGUGCCUAGUGAUAAGCUACUGGAGCCCAUAGUCUGCAUGUCGGACAUGCUGCGCUCUCUGUCCACCACCCGGCCCACAGUCAACACUGAAGACCUGCUGAAGGUCAAGAAGUUCACAGAGGACUUUGGGAUGGAGGGCUGAGACUCAGACCCCACCUCACCCUGCCCGAGUCUACCAGAAGGGUCAAACUGCUCCCAACAACACCCAUCUCUCCCCUUCCACCGCUGUACCAUCCUGUAGGCUUUCAUUUCUCCACUGCGCUUGGUUCACUGUCUCUCAUGGAUUUGAAAAUAAACGACUGGAGUGUCAGAACAAAAAAAAAAAAAAAAGAGGGGAGAGAAAAUGUUUCUUUCUUUUAAUCAUCCAGUCGGCUAUUUUUGAAUCCCUGGAGGACGUUGACCAAACGCUACAAUAGAAAAAUUUUGGUGUGAUUUGGUAGUUGGACAUUAGAGCCGAUGUCUUUCCCCAUUUAAGACAACGUUCCAUAAAAAAAAGCAGCCGCUAUAAUCACUACAAGAACUUCUCAUCUAACCUGCAUCGACACAAGGAAAGGUGCAUUUGAAGCUAAAUGCACACAGAGUUUGUCCCUCUCUGAGCCGAUUCUGUCUGACUGAAGGACUGUACAUUUUGUUGCCAUUGUGCACUUUGCUUCGGAUCGCGAUGAAGGACAGUGACGUUUGAAGAAGAAUCAAAAGAAGAAGUUCGUUCUCCUGCCAGGCAUGCGAGUGUGUGAAUGCAUCCAAGUGUUUUUAUUAAACUUGUGUGUCUUAAUGUAUAUGUCAUAUGUUGAGAGCCCUGUUAUUUUAUUUGAUCGAGAGUUGCAUUAAUUGAUCAUCGCUGCCUCAGUGUCCCUCUAUAGCUCCGUGUGUGUGUGUGUGUGUGCGCGUGCGUGUGUGUGCGCAUCAGGCGUUUACCUCUGUGCUAGCAGCAGUGUGACUGACGCAUUCAUGUUCAAUCAGUAAUGAUUCUAGAGAUGUGUUUGAUUGAUGGUCAAACGCCACAUUUACUCAAUCCAAAAACUUGAAAAAGAUAUUUAAAAAAACUGUAUUGUUGUUCUUCAGAAAACAAUCUCAUCACAAGGUCCAUUUAGUAGCUGUUCUGGAGCUUUGGAUCAUAUCACAUGAUCUUCAUUAUGAGGAAUGUAGAUAUGUAAUUUUUUUUUUUUAUCUUAUUGUCCAUUUUAGCUUAAAAGCUGAGUUUCAAAGUUCAUUCUUGACCGUAGAAACACAAGUCAAAAAAAUCUCACAGUAAGGUCCAUUUAGUAACCGUUCUGGAGCUUUUGAUUAUGCCACAUGGCCUUCGUCACUUCAGCUUUUAAGUCAAAAUGGACAAAAAAGUCCUUAAAGCACUCUUUAAAAAAAACUAACAAAACAAGGGCAACUCCAUCUGCUGAUGAAGAUCAUGUGAUAUGAUCUCAAGCUCCGGUACAGCUACUAAAUGGACCUUUUGGUGAAAUCAGUUUUCUGAAUUGUGGUUUCCAGUAUAACCUUUAAAUCUCAGCUCUAGUUGCUCAUUUUAAAUGAGGUAAAAUGAAUUUCUGCACUGCAUUUCCCAGACAUCACCUAUCUGUCAGACUCAUACUGUGAAGUUUCCCUCCGUUGGUAUUUCUGUAGCUGAAGUUUGUUUCUGCUCAGCAGUUUGCUCAAAAACAUUUUUCUUCCUGGUGUCAAAGACAAUCAAUCAAGCACGUCUCCUUAAAUCUGAAUUUGUUUUGUUUUUGCCCUGGCGUACAUUGUUCAACAGUGUUACAAAACUAUUUAUACAACUUAUUUGACCACACUUGACAUGUAACUUGACUGACUAUAAUAGAGGUACAGUAUGUUUACACUUGAAGUAUUUCUUUUGUUGAUGUUCUCAUGAUGGAGCUCCACUGCAAGUCCUUUCUUUUCCUAUAUUGGGAGGCUAAAGUUCCACUAUUGAUGCAAGACACUACCAUAUAAUUCAUUACUGCCUGCUCAGGGCUAGCUUUCUGUUAACACUUCCGAGCUUCAAUAGUAGUUGUCCUGUUGUCAGCUGACAGACAGACGACGUGGAAACCAUCCCGUUGCUGACUGUUAAGAAGCAGGAUCAUGCAGUUAGUCAUCAGAGAUUUGAAGUUUUCAAUAAUCUUCUAAAUCAAACUGCUGUUGGGUGUUUGUCCUGUAGCAACUCUCUGACCUCUCACUAUCACACCAGGAUCACAGGCUUGUCUGACAGUGAUGGACUUCUUGUGAUAGCUCAGUGCUAGUAUCACUGCGUGUGUGUGCGCGUGUGUGUAGGUACUGUACAUGCUGGUUGAGUUGGAGGUCAGUUAUUAACGUCCUUGUAAGGGGACCUAACCUGCCGCUGGCUGUGUAACCAUUGCUACUAAUUUAAGCUGAAUUAAUAAAAACUGACAUUUCA